GGAAAGUACUCUAAUAAAUAUUAUUAAAAGAUGGCUGGUGUUUUUAAUAGCACAUUUAUUUUAUAUCUCAAAAAACCGUACUAAUAGAACUAGAUCUAGAUCUUCUAGAUUCUCUAGAAUUAAUAGUGAAUUUCAAAAAAUUUGCAUUGAUUAAUCCUACUGUCUUAGUUUAGUAAAAUAAGACAGAUAAGUUUACAUCAGGUGUCAAUAGAUCUAGAAGCUAGAAUAGAGGAUGUGGAAAGCUGUGUUGAAAGUUAUAAAAUGCACCAUAAAUAUACUUCUUUCAAUUUUGAAACCCCUGCGGAACAUAAUUCGUUUGAAGCAUAGGCUGCCAGAAACAAAUGAUUCAGAAUUAGUUUCAGUAGAGACUGAAUUUUUCAAGUUUAAUUUGCAAAUCUCCAAUAAUAAGGAAAUGAAGGAAACUGAAAUGAUAUCUUGGAAUGCAUGGGAUGAAAAGCCUAUCGAUGGACUAUAUCAAUCUUUGCCAGGAGAUGUCCCCAAUAUAAAUGUACAGAGAAAGGAUAAAAACACUAUCAAUGCAAUGAAAUCUCCUGUUGAGAAGGCUGCUUAUGUAAACAAGUAUCAAGUUAACCAGAAGCAGACUGAUGAUAUCACAGAGCCAGACGUUAAUUUUUUUGAAGAUAUGGCACCAGAAGUGAUUCGGCAACCUAAGAUAUUUAUAAGAAAAAAAGAAACUGUAUACAGUUCAUUUCCUGUAUCAAAUAGACUGACAGUCAUGUCAGACUUACCAUUGGCUCAUUCUGAAUUGGAAGCUUGGGAAGAUCAAGCUAAUGCUUGGGAUGUAGAAGAUGCUUCAGAAGAUUUAACAUGGAAAGCUCAGGAAGCUAUCAGAGAAAAAAGACGAAAAGAGAGGCAAGAGAGACAAAUGGAACAGCUAAAGAAAAAGCAAAGUAAGGAAGCAAACAAAGGAAUCAAAAGCACAUCCUUAGCCGCAACCAAGUUGUCAUAAUAAAAUUGCGAGUUACACUAUAAA